AAUACUGGAGUGAGUAGCCAUUCCCUUCUCCUGGGGAUCUUUCCAACUCAGGGAUUGAACACAGGCCUCCUGCAUUGCAAGCGGAUUCUUUACCAUCUGAGCCACCAGGGAAGUCAAUUCUUGGUGGAGGAAUUAUGAUCCCACAUGUGGCAUGGCCAAAAGAUUUUUUAUUUUUAAUUAUAAUGAGAUAGAUACCUUUUUUUUUUUUUAAACCAGGAGGCAGAUAGAGGGAGAGGGACACGGCAAGUACUAUCUGCUUCUUCACAGGGUGUGAAGACCCUUUGGGAUGGAUAGUCCAGAGAUUCCUUUGAGAGAUGGAGAAACACAGGCUGAGCAAGGGGAGGGGGAUUAUACCGAGACCAUAGGGAGCCCUGCAGAGGCAGGACUUGGCCUGAUCUCUGGACUCCCGGGCCUGGACUCUUCCUCAGCGUCCUGCCGAACUCUCCCCUUUGGAAGGAAGCUGGCCUUACCUAGAGCCUUCCUGGUCUGCUUUUGCCAGAGCCCUUGAGACAGGCUGAGGACUGGUUGCCAUAGAGAUGGUGGGCUGGGUAGUUCCAAGGUUGGCAGAUGGGGGCGGGGGAUGGGGCAAGAAACCAAUAUGCUAAACACCCACCAACAGUUGGUCAGGACUUCUUCCGGGAGACCUGGGCAAGACACACGGCAGCAGGCUCCGGGGACCGCCACAGGUCUGCUCAAGCUUCUCUCAAGCACCCCUCAUGCUGAGCAGAGGAGUCUUGGGAGCUGUGAUGGUGUUAUCCAUGCCCAGAAGCAGAGGUCUCGGAGUGCGGGGCAGACACCAAAGAAGGACCGGAGGCUCAGAGGCCGGAACAAAAAAGGGCAAAGCUCUGCGGAAGCUGAGGAUCUUGUCCCCUCUUCUCCUCGGAAACCCUCCUUCCCCUUCCAGUGGGCCUGGGAGAGCUUCACCACAGAUGGCCGGGCCCUGCAUCAGCGGAGCUCUGUCUUGGCCCCUGGCCACCAGGCCCUGCCCCUGCCCCUGGCGGUCCAUCACCACAAGUCCCGGCGCAAGUCCACGCCCGCCCUCCUGGAGGCCCACAGCUUCUGCUGGAAGACAGAGGGGCCGAACCUGGAGAGGAGACAGCAGCUCAGGGCCUGCAGCUGCACCUCCAUCCCUCCGGGCAGGGGGACGAGCCAGGAUCUGGAGCCGUCCGGGGAGGGAGGCUUGCAGUCACCCAGGAAGUCCUCAGGGUCCGGGUCGGAGCCCGAGGAGUCUGAGCCGGAAGGCCUGGGAGCCGAGGAGGCCGAGAGGGGUCUGAUUCCAGGGGAACUGCCCCAGCUCCCCAGGAGGGGGUUGAUCUUGGAGGAGGAGCAGUUUUCAGAGGCCACAGAGGAGGCCGAGGACAGGGAACACCAGGCCCACCAGAGAAGGAGGACCAGUUCUCGAAGAAAGGGGCAGAAUUCUGGUGAAGAGGCCUGGGAGGAGAGUGAAGUGCGGCUCCUGGAGAGCGUUUCCAGCUCCACCAACCUCCGAGGACCACAGAGGAGGAAGCCAAGGGCCAAGGAGCUGGAGGGGCCUUGGGACCUGGAGAAGCUGCAGAGGAAGCUGCAGCAGGAGUUGGACUGUGGCCCCGAGAAACAGCCCUGGAAGUCUUUGCGGGCUGCUGUUCAGGCCUCCAACUGGAGCAGGAAGGCCCACCCCUUGGGAGAUGAUGAGACUUUUCUGUUUGCAAACUUCCCUAACCGCACCUUCCACAAACGACAGGAGGCCACCAGAAACCUGCUGCGGGCCUGGGAGCUGCAGCAGAGGGAGGAGCGGCAGCAGGCCGAGGUGCGGCGGGCCCGGGAGCAGCGAGUACAGCAUCAGGUGGCUCGCUGCCUGGCAGCCUACGCACCCAGAGGGAGCCGGGGGCCAGGGGCUGCCCAGCGCAAGCUGGAGGAGCUGAGGCGCCAGGAGCGACAGCGCUUUGUUGAGUACCAGGCAGAGCUGCAAGGCAUCCAGCAUCGGGUGCAGGCCCGGCCCUACCUGUUCCAGCAGGCCAUGCAGGCCAACGCCCGGCUCAACGUGACCCGGCGCUUCUCCCGGGUGCUGUCGGCACUGGGACUGGAUGAGGAGCAGCUGCUGGCCAAGGCGGGCAAGAGGGACAUGGAGGGCGCCCCCAGGAGGCACAGGAGCCACAGGUCAGUGGGGGCGAGAAUGGAGCCCUCUUCUCGGAGUCCUCCAAAGAUGGAACCCACUGGCAGCCAGGCUGACCAGCACUUCGCCCCAAAUCCAGACCAAGAGUUGAGUCCCUGAGAGAAAAAUUAAAUGCUUUGUGGAAAAUACAGUGUGGGAUUUCUGGCGGUGGUGGGAAGUGGCUGUGGGUUGGGAGCAAGCAGUGGCAGGUGGGUAUGCAGCACGCUUGGCUUGUGCUCACAUCCCCCAGGAACUCUGGCUGUUCCGACGGCCCCCGCCCAGUACAAAGGGCUCUAUCUCUGCCCAGAGGAGUGAGUGGGGCAUCUCCCAAGAGCAACAGCUGCAACGCCUACCAAUGCUGGGUCCUGGAAAUUCAAGAGUGAACAUGACAGAAUGCCUUCCGCCUUUGGGAACGCCCAGUCCUGUGGGGGAGGGGGCGGGCCUUUAAGAGGGCGCAUAAUCACACGCAAACAGAUGGGCUGGCAGAUCGAGCAACUGGCAAGUGGGGGUGUCAGGAGGAAUUGUGUGAACUGAGCUUUUACACUUAAGUAACUACAAGUUACAGUCACCUCAAAGGAAAAGAAAAAGAAAAGCUCACACACACACGGAUGUGCCAAAUUUUGCAUUCAAUUUCAGGGGGUUUACAGAUACACAGAAGCUCAACUCGACCUCCGGGGCAGUCACAGAGCUCAGGUUUAAAAACCCAAUCCAAGGAGCGUGGCAAGGCAGCGUUGGCAGACAAUACUAGAUGUAGGGGUUGGAAGGAAGCUGGACUGUGGAGCUGGGGGUCUCUGGAGGAGAACAUGCUAAGUCGUUUAACACCUGAUGGAGCCACGACCCCAGGCAGUACACUAGGAGGACGCCUACUGGAGAGGUGGGCGCUGCCCAGGGAGAGUCCGUGA